AUGCCGUUCAAGCCCGUCGAGCAUCCGAAAUGCCCAAAGUGCGGCAAGUCGGUGUAUGCCGCCGAGGAGAUGAGCGCCGGCGGUUACAAGUGGCACAAGUUCUGCUUCAAGUGCAGUAUGUGUAACAAGCUUCUCGACUCGAUGUCAUGCUGCGAGCACCAGGCGAUGCUCUUCUGCAAACAGUGCCAUUGUCGACGGUACGGGCCAAAGGGCGUCGGGUUUGGCAUCGGAGCCGGCUCAUUGACAAUGGACACCGGCGAGCAGUUCGGCAACACCGAAGUCGACAUGACGUUUGUUUUUCGCCUCUCUUCUUGCUUCUGUCUUGCCGUUUUGUUGAUCUACAUGUGCAACAAGCUGCUCGACUCGUGCACCGUCGCGCCGCAUGAGAACGAGCUCUACUGCAAGCAAUGCCACGGUCGCAAGUACGGACCGAAGGGCGUCGGAUUCGGACUCGGCGCCGGCUGCUUGACGACCGACAGCGGCGAGAAGUUUGGCGGCGAGAAGCAAACGAAUCGACCAAUGACCGCCGAGGCUUUCACCGCGCCAAUCAAUCCAUCGCAUAGUUAA